CAUGGGGGUCAUGUGAUAUCUAGCAGUUCUGCCACCAAAUGAAGUGAACUGCAAUUCUUUCAAGGAAAGUCUUCUUUCAUACUACAGCGGCUAGGUGGUUAGUUGUAGCUCUGCUAAGAAUAACUAAUUUCCUCAUUUCACUCUGGAAUCACAACUUCACUUUUUCUUAUUUUUUAUCUGUGGGCUCAUUUGGUAAGAAAACAUUUUACUGAACUUUAUAUUUGACUGAUAAAGCACAGCUCUGCAGUGUCUUUAGUUGUUACUUAUAAGAAAAAAAACUGAACUGUGGUUGUAUGGGGCACGUUUCCUGUAUGAAGUUGAAGUAGGGAAGUUCCUUUUAAAGACAUUGAAUGCUUUGUAAAAACGUAAUAAGUAUAUGAUUAAGAAAACUGUAAAUGAACAGUGUUAUGUGUUUGCAAAUCCAAGGAGCCAGUUUCUGUCUGUGAAUAUGCUGACUGACAACAUGUUACUGACCCUCUUCUUUGUUUCAGGUGCUCUGGCUGAUUGUCUUUUCAAUCCAUUCCUAUCCAUUACUGCACCAAAGCAGAUGGAAGCACUGAGUGGAUCUUGUCUGAUAAUCCCAUGUAACUUUAGAGCUAAACCAGAUCAUGAAUUCAACAGCGUAAGAACAACCUUCGGAGUGUGGAUUAAAAGUGACUCCAGAUUUAAGAACAAUAGAAAUAAUGUUAUUUUCAACAGUAGUGGGACAGUUACCACCUAUCCAAUGAGUAUUACUGGAGACCUGAGUCAGAAAAACUGCACCACCUUGUUUUCCAGUUUAAUCACAAGUUACACUGACACAUACUACUUCAGAAUUGAGAACAUUGCAUUCAGGGCAACAGCUUCUUGUGAUCCUCUUCAAAUAACAGUUCAAGAUUCCCCCCCGAGCCCCAGAAUUGAGAUCUCAGGUGAUCUGAAGGAGAAGAAGUCUGUCACUAUAAGCUGCUCAGCUUCCACUCCCUGUCCACACUCCCCUCCUAAACUCACCUGGAAUCUCCAACAAGACCCUCCCAACAACAUAGAGGAGAACACAGAUCGGACCUUCACAACUAAAAUCCAGAAGACCAUCACUCUGUCAGACACACAUGAUGGAUUCACCAUCAACUGUUCUGCCACAUAUCCCGUGAAUGAAGGAAGAGAAGUCAAGACAGCAGAGGAGAGAAAGACUCUCAAUGUUUCAUAUGCUCCCAAGGACACCUCAGUGUCCAUCAGUCCAUCAGGUUUGGUGUCAGCAGGUAGCUGGGUGAACCUGACCUGCUCCAGCAGAGCCAAGCCUCCCGCCAGCUUCAGCUGGUUCAAGAACAGCAAAGAUGGAGCCAUCAGAGUAGCUGAAGGGAAGUUUUACAGCGUCAAAGUGACCAAUGUCACUGAUGGAGUUUAUUACUGUGUGGCCACAAAUGAUCUCGGUAAUCAGACAUCAUCAGAGAUCCAUGUGACUAAUAAAGGAGCAACAAAGCUCGAUCCCUCUUCACCAUGGGGGGCGGUUGUUGGAGUGAUCAUUGGGAUCAUCAUACUCCUCUGUGUGAUCGUUGCUGUUUGGUGGUUAAAGACAAAACAUCCAACUUUACAACAGACACAGAGCCUAACAGCUGAGGGGCCGGCUGUUCAAGAGCCAUCCAGAGCAACAGAAACAGAAGACAUCCAUUAUGGAGAGAUCGACUUCUCCAAGCAGAGACCUGAAGCGUCCUCGUCCUCGGAGCAGGACAGAGGACAGCAGCUGGACACGCUGUAUGCACAGGUCAAAGUUUCCAGGACAGCAAAGAACGUAAGACAGACUGCUGGCGGCCCAGAGGAUCUCUACGCUCUAGUGAAGAAAUAAAUGAGUUUAUGGACAUACACGGACAUGUUGGGUUUUAUGAAGAUUUUUUGGGGGGCAAUUUUAUUUGACAGGACAGCUUAAGACAAGAAAGGGGAGAGAAAGGGGGAACAACAUGCAGCACACAAGUCCCAGGUUGGGAUCGAACCAACGGUUGCUGCGGUAAGGACCUAAGGAGUCUUUGUACAUGGGCACACACUCAACCAGGUGAGGUGCCCGCCACCAUGUUGCUGCAGUAGCCCAAAAAAGACAAACCAAACACUGGCUAUCACAUUAGUUCUUAGAUUUAUUUCACACCAACAACCCCAAAACUGUCACAAAUUAGACCAUGCACUCUCAUUUAAUAAGAUUUGUCCCAUGGUCCCCCACUUGAUAGGAUUCAUGCUUUUAGAUGUCAUACAUUCUGUUAUUAUGUUGCUUAAUGAUGGAAAUAUAGUGAAAACAACUGAUUCCCCUUUUUGCUGGGGACCCACUGGAACCCCUUUUAGGGGCCUCUUGGGGUCCAUGGACCUCACUUUGACAACCACUUCUCUUGAGAGAGCCUUUUGUGUUUUUAUAUAACCUGAAGGCCACCGUAGGUUCUCUACACACACGGGGUGAGGGAAGAGGAAUUCAGUCGGUUGUGAUCUGCAGCCUCACCACUAGAUGCCCCUAAAUCUGACACACUGCUCCUUUAAGUCCUGUGCUCAUAAUAAAUGGCACAGAAGCCCAUACAGGGCUCAGCUUCUCGCUGAAAGACUGUGACCGGACUCAUUGGUGAUGGUGGACAUUCCAUGGGUUGAUGUUGCAUGUUUUACAGCAGGGGUCUUCAAUGUUUUUUAAGCCAAGGCCCCACUGCACUGACUCUAAGGACCCCAUAGGGGUCCCCAGACCGGCCUGUUGAAGAUCUCUGUUUUACAGUGAGACCAACCUGUUACCUAUCUCGCCUGAUAUGGCAGGACGAGGUCACGGCACAUUCAGAGCGAUCCAAUGGUGCUUUGAUGGUUGAUCAGAUUAGUUGACCAGUUAUUUAUUUAACCUUAUGUGUGCUGCCCCUCUGUCUGAGUCUUUAUCUAGUUAUUCUCGUUUAAUGUUUUAAUCCAGUCAGUAUUCUGUCUUUUUCCAGUCACUGUUAUUAAUUUGAUUCUUUUUUUAAGAGCAACUAGAAUCAGCAAAGAAGAAG